AACACAGAAACUCAGAGACUCGGUAUCAGAGAUGGAAGAGACUGCCAUGACAGACGACCUGAAGCUCUUCCAGAGCACCCUGCUUCAGGACGGCCUGAAGGAACUGCUGAAGGAGAACAAGUUCAUCGACUGCGUUCUGAAAAUCGGAGACAGGAGUCUGCCCUGUCACAGACUCAUCAUGGCAGCAUGCAGCCCGUACUUCCGAGAUAUUUACUUCACCGAAGACGGCAAAGAGAAAAGCAGCACAAACCAGGAGGUCGUGCUGGAAAACGUGGACGCAUCUGUUAUGGACGCGAUUAUAAAUUAUCUGUAUUCCGCAGAUAUAGACAUCACAGACGAGAACGUCCAGGACAUUCUAGCAGUAGCUAAUCGUUUUCAGAUCCCGUCAGUGUUCACUGUUUGUGUCAACUAUCUGCAGAAGAAAGUCUCCCUGGGAAACUGCCUGGCCAUCUUCAGACUGGGGCUGGUCCUCAACUGUCCGAGGCUGGCCAUGACGGCGAGAGAUUACAUAGCAGAAAGAUUCGAGACUCUGGCCAAAGACCAGGACUUCCUAGAGUUUAACCCUCCCGAGCUGUUCGCCAUCAUAGGAGGUGACGCCCUCAAUGUGGAUAAAGAAGAAGUCGUCUUCGAGCUGCUGAUGAAAUGGAUCAGGAAGGACAAAGAGAAUCGGGUGAAGCAUUUAGGCGACGCCUUCGAUCACAUUCGCUUCCGUCUGCUUCCUGAGAAGUACUUUAAGGAAAAAGUAGAAAAGGACGAUAUCAUCAAAGCAGAUCCUGAACUUGUAAAGAAACUUAAGGUCAUCAAAGAUGCCAUGGCUGGAAAGCUUCCAGAGAAGAAGGAAGGAGGAAAAGAGGGCGAGAAUGCACUACCUGGGUAUCUGAACGACAGCCAAAGGCUUGGAAUGUACGCCAAAGAUGUCGUUCUGAUGGUUAACGACACGGCAGCUGUGGUUUACGAUCCUACCGAGAACGAGUGCUCACUGGCAGCAAUGGCCGAGCAGAUUCCUCGAAAUCAUGUCAGCAUCGCUACCAAGAAGAAUCAGCUUUACGUCGUGGGUGGACUCCUUGUGGACGAGGAAAAUAAAGAUUCCCCUCUGCAGUGCUACUGUUAUCAGCUGGACCCCAUCAACGCAGACUGGGUGGCUAAUCCGCCCCUGCCAUCACCCCGAUGUCUCUUUGCUCUCGGGGAGUUCGAGAAUUUCGUGUUUGCUGUUGGUGGCAAAGAUCUACAGACCAACGAGGCUCUCGAUUCAGUAAUGUGUUACGACACUGAGAAGAUGAAAUGGACAGAGACGAAGAAGCUUCCCCUGAGGAUACACGGUCACUGUAUGGUCUCACAGAAUGGACUGGUGUACUGUAUCGGAGGAAAAACUGAUGAGAACAAAACGAUCAACAAGAUGUUUGCGUAUAACCACAAGAAGUCGGAAUGGAAGGAGCUGGCAGCGAUGAAUACACCACGGUCCAUGUUCGGAGCUGCUGUUCACAAGGGGAAGAUCAUCGUGGUUGGAGGAGUCAAAGAUGAUGGCUUGUUGGCGUCUUGUGAAGCCUACGAUUUUGGAACCAACAAGUGGGAAAGCUUUGCUGAGUUUGCACAGGAGAGGAGUUCAGUAAACGUGGUCAGUUCUGGUGGAGUGCUGUACGUAGUGGGCGGCUUCACCAUGGUGGAGAUGGAGGAUAAAGAGUGUGCUCCAUCAGAGAUCACAGACAUCUGGCAGUAUGAAGAGGAUAAAAAGCAGUGGGCUGGAAUUGUACGAGAGAUGCGUUACGCAGCGGGUUCCUCCUGCGUCUCCAUGCGGCUGAAUGCUGUGAAAAUGCCCAAAUUGUAAAAAGAUAUAAUAUAUAUAUAAUUCCUCUUUUGUUUUCCACAUGAAGGACACUGCGUUUUUACACUCUAGUAACAUAAAGUUGUACUUUAAUGCUGUAACAGAUAUAUCUAGACAUGAGACACUGCUGGUAUUUUGAGUUUUAAUAAAUUGUAUAAACAUUCUUUGCA